AUGUUGUCCUUCGUUUCCUUGAGUCACUGGACCGCAGCUGAAGGUCCUGAAAAUGCCCAAGUGUCGAGUUUGGCACCAGCUAUUGAGACAGUAGCCUCGGAUCUUACCAAUACUAUUCUUACUCCUGCUCCCAUUUUUGAGCUUGCAUCAGUUCCGGCACCUGCUCUUGCUCUUGUGUCUCAGGAUGACACUCUGGCUGUCGACUCCUUUUAUGCCAGAAUCGAUGAACUGUUUGGAGAAAUUGGUGGCGGUAUCAGUGGGGAGAGGAAUUCGAGGUGCAUUGACGCCGAGGACACGUGUCACUCGAGGGACGCCGCUAACGCCUCUUCGGGCAAAGGACACUUGUCACUUACAGAUGUCACCAAGGUCACUGGACCCGAGGUGUUGCCUUUUUGCGACUUCAACUUUCUUGUGGAAAAUUUGCCCUCGGGAGUUUUCCCCAUCUUGGAUGCUCCUUCCCUUGGGGAUUUUUUGGGGUAA